AUGGCUAGUGCCACAAUGAAAGUUGAGAUUGUUUCAAAAGAAACAAUCAAACCAUCCUCUCCUACACCUUCCAACCUUACAAAUUUCCAGCUUUCUCUUCUUGAUCAAUUCUUCCCCGCAACGUACAUCCAUUCGAUUCUCUUCUACCCUGUGAAAAAUGACACAAAUCAACAUGUAGAUGUCAAGAAGAGAUGUCAAGAUCUUAAAACAUCUUUAUCCAAAACCCUAACCAUGUAUUACCCUUUCGCCGGAAGAAUCAAAGACCAUAUCUCUAUAGAUUGUAAUGACGAGGGGGCUACGUUUAUCGAAACACGAGUCAAUUGUCAUUUGUCCGAUGUUCUUCGAAACCCUAAUUUUGAUCAAUUUAAAGAAUUCCAACCUCUUGAGGUUGAACUCCCGGCGGCAACGGGGACAUGUACUUUACUUUUCGUUCAAACUAACUUCUUUGAGUGUGGUGGCAUGGCAAUUGGAGUUCGUCUUGUGCACAAGAUCGCUGAUGCAACCACUUUCAUGACAUUUAUGAAGAUAUGGGGUUCCAUAGCACGUGAAGCCGAUGAGGUAGUUCAUCCGGAAUUAUUUACUGGAGCGAUUCUCUUUCCUCCUGUGGAGUACAAGUUUCCUUCAAUUGCUGAUGUGCCUCUUAUCCGAGAUGAGUCAUGCGUACUCAAAAGAUUACUUUUCACUGCUUCAAACAUUGAUGCACUCAAGGCUAAAAUUGCUAGUGCGGGCGUCCAACAACCUACUCGUGUAGAAGCUAUAACCGCGCUAAUUUGGAAGUGUGCAAUGACUGCCUCAAGAUCAAUCAAAGGGACGUGCUCAAGACCUUCUUCAUGUACUCACGCGGUAAACUUAAGGAAGAGAUUAUCAACGCCCUUGUCAGAAUACUCGGUUGGGAAUAUUCUCACACCAAUCACGACAGAAUUUUCAGAAACUGAAAUAGAAUUGCAAAGCUUUGUUCUCAAGCUAAGAAAAGAAUUGAAAGAGUUGAAAGUGAAUAGGGAAGAAAUAUCAGACAACAUGAAAAAAAUUCUCGAAACAACAAGCUUGGGAAAAGGGAUUGGUGCUGUAGAUGCCUAUACUUUUUCUAGUUGGUGUCGAAUGCCGGUGUACGAAGCCGAUUUUGGGUGGGGGAAGCCAACUUGGAUCUCUUUUAUUAACUUCAAUGUCCCAAAUAAGGCUAGUUUUGUGGAUACAAAGGAGGGUGAUGGAAUUGAGGCUUGGGUAUCAUUGCGUGAAGAUGAGAUGGCCAUAUUUGAACAUAAUGAAGAGUUGCUUUCAUUUGCUUCUGUGAACCCAAUUAUUCAAUGUGGGAUAUUGAAAAACCCACCUCAAAAUCUUUCUUACAUGUGGCACAAGCACACAGAUAAGGUUAUUGACAGAAAACUUCCCAGUAAGGUUAUCAUUGGAGAUGGUAAGGUUCACAAGCUUGUCCAGCAGCUCUAUCUCAAGCAGAACUGUACCAAACAAGGGAUGAGAAAACACAUGGAGAGCGACGACUCGUGA